AUGCCUCACGUCGAGCAAACCAUCGCGUUUCUUGAUAUCAUGAAGCUGGUGCCCUUUCCCAUACGUUUGAGCCCGUACACUCGAUACACUUCCGCCGACUCGGACGCUUUUAUAACGGCGUCUGCCAACUUCACCGAGAAGCAGCGGACCAUAGUCUCCACGGAUUUCCUGAACUUUGUAUUCAACCUGGAUGACUGGACCGACGAGUUCGACGCGACGGAGAUGGAGGGUUUACAGGAGGCCGUGAUGAACACGAUGCGCUAUCCAGAAAACUUCCAUUCGGACACCGUCACCGCUCGGAUCACCAGAUCGAUGCUCAAGACGAACGGUCCCAACUGCAAGGAAUGCUCCAUUGACGGAAUGGAGUCAUUCCUCCGGGCUCUUGCCCAGCAAGCUACCGACCGUGAUUUGUCGGUUAUCCCGGAUCUCGAUGCAUAUAUCGCCUUACGCCGUGAGACCAGCGGAUGCAAGUCCGCAUUCACGUUGAUCGAGUAUGCCGCCAACAUCGACCUCCCCAACGAGGUCUUUGAGGAUCCCGUCUUCCAAGACAUGAUGGCGGCGGCAAACGAUAACAUCAGCUGGAGUAACGAUCUCUUCUCGUACAAUCGUGAACAGUCUCGCAAAGAUCCGCACAAUCUCGUCGCCAUCAUGAUGUACACGCAUGAGAUGGGGAAACAGGCGGCCAUUGAGCAUGUUGGUGACAUGUGCAACAAGGCAGUCGAACGCUUCCUCACCAUCAGAGCGAAGCUUCCGUCGUGGGGACCUGAGAUCGACGCACAGGUUAAGACGUACAUCCAGGGUCUGCAAGACUGGAUGAGGGGACGUGCAGAGUGGAGCUUCAUGACCGAAAGAUACUUCGGCAAGGAUGCUCCGGUGAUCAGGAAGGGCUUACAGGUGCAGCUUAUGCCUGUAGUCGGCACAAAUUAG